AUGAAUGAAGUAGUAGAUCCGCGAGAUGAACAUAUCGAUACCGAUGAGAUCCUCACCGAAAGCUCUUCCGACGAACUCAAUGAUCUUGUCAAGCUGUUUGAAGCCAAGUACGAGGAGCUCAAGAGAAAGAAGGCAUUAAAAAAGCUGCGAAAUUCAGCAAACGAACACGUCUCUCACCAACAAAGUAGCAGUAUCCUGAAUGAUCACGAACUUAUCAAAUCUGCUAUGGCACAGGUUGAAACGACUCCACCACCAUCUCCCCAACAUAAAACAGCACCAUCUCUGAAAAAUCUAGUACAGAGUUCAUAUAAGCCAACUAUACCGAAAGUACCUAAAAGUGAUGUCAAGGCUUCCAGUUUUAUCAGUAAAUUGUACGAUGCCAAUUUCGCAAGCAAGGCUCAAAGUCUCCAGAAGAUCGACUAUUCUGAACGGAAAUUUGAAUUUGACGGAGUUCAGGAGAUCAAGUCUGUAAAUAUUGAAGCUGAUGAAGUAGAGCCUAUAUCGCGUAUGCGUCUAAGAAAGCGAUAUAUCGAACAAAAAUCGGUAGAGAAGCUCGUAUCGGAUAUCAAUGAAUUGAAAUACCUCCAAGUGGACAAGUUGCUAGCCAAAGUUCACAAGGGUAAUAACUACGCUGAACCAAUGUAUACCAACUGGUGCUUUGUAGGGUUCGUUGUCAAGAAGUCAGAACCAAAACAGUCCAAAGACAAGAACAAAUCCAAGUUCAUCAAGCUUUCUGUAGGUAAUUUUGUGCGAAGUGUCGAUGUUCUUCUAUUUGGUGAAGCUUUUAAUCAGUAUUGGAAAAUUAGUCCUGGAAGCUUGGUAUUCAUUCUUAAUCCUUACAUAAGUAAGUACUCUAUGGGAGAAGGAAAUGGCAUCAAGACUGGAUUCACCUUGCAUGUUGCAGGUAAUAAUACAAAUUCAAUAUUGGAGAUUGGUGCUAUUCGUGAUUAUGGCCUAUGUACUUUUGUGAAAAAGACGGACUAUUCCAGAUGUUCCAAUGUCAUUGAUGUCCUGAAGUCAUCCUUGUGUGAUUUCCAUCUUGAUACAAAAUACAGAAAGAGCAGCAGAAUGGAAUUGAAUGGAAGUGUGAUGAUGAAGUCUCCACAGAAGAAGAAGGCAGCUGUGUAUUUAACCAAUGAAGGUGUUCAAGGAAAUGGAGGGUUUAUCAGAUUCGCUAAUGAGAAUACUACUUUGUAUGAAUCUGGAACAGCAAAAAUCGAUUUAAAAAGAUACCACGAUCCCCGCAUUCUACAAACUAGUGAAAAGAAGAGGAAAAUGAACGACGAAAGAGCCAAUCAGUUAUUGGAAAGAAGGCUUUCUAAACUUCUGCAAAAUUCUGGAUUAAGAGCUCUACAUUUAACAAAAGAUCAGCAUAAAGAGGAAAAUUCGGCGAAACACUAUGAAAUGAAGAAUCGUGGAUAUUCGCACAACAUGAUCAGCAAGCUCGGCUUCGAUCCUACUACUACGAUGGUGAAAUCACAAGAUGCAAGCUACAAGAGCCCCACAAGGAAAAGACGCGAGCACGAACGAGUCCGAGAAUUGUAUGAGCUAAGUAACUCUAAAUCCAAGGAAAGAACCUUGAGAAGUUCAACAGAAGAUCAGAAGUCAAAAAUUUCAAAGUGGCAGGAAAAUAUACAAAACUUGAAGCGUUACAAGGACAGCAUUAACAAUUCUCGGGAUCCAUUCUCUGACUAUUCAUCCAACACCAAAACUAUUUUGCAUCUCCAGAAACCAGCAAAGAACCGCGUAAUUGAUGAUACUGACUCUUCCAGCGACAAUGACGAUUUAGAUAUAGAAUUCGAUACAGAAGAGAUGAAGCAAUCAUAUCUAAAUAGAGUUAGACAAUCUUGA